UGUCAGGCCGAUGUGCCGCCCGCGAGGGGCCGGGGCCGGGGUCGGGGCAGCCGGGGCCAUGCGCGCAGGCUGCGCAGGGAGCCGGCGGGGCGCUGAACGGAGCCGCCUCGGAGCCUGAGCCGCCCCGGGCCGGGGCCGGGGCCGGGGAGCCGCGCGGGGCCGGCCGGCCAGGGGGGAGGGGAGCGAUGCGGCGCCGGCGGGCGGCGGUGGCCGCGGGUUUCUGCGCCUCCUUCCUGCUGGGCUCGGUCCUCAACGUGCUCUUCGCACCGGGCUCGGAGCCUCCGCGGCCAGGCCAGUCCCCCGGGCCCUCGCCAGCCCCGGGCCCGGGCCGUCGCGGGGGCCGCGGAGAGCUGGCCCGGCAGAUCCGAGCGCGCUACGAGGAGGUGCAGCGCUAUUCCCGCGGGGGCCCGGGGCCCGGGGCCGGCCGGCCAGAGCGGCGGCGCCUGAUGGACCUGGCUCCGGGCGGCCCGGGCCUGCAGCGUCCCCGGCCCCCGCGGGCCCGGCCCCUGCCCGACGGCGCCCCGGGCUGGCCCCCAGCUCCCGUUCCGGGUUCCCCCGGCCCGGGCCCGCGACUGGGCUGCGCCGCGCUCCGCAACGUGUCCGGCGCACAGUACGUGGGCUCCGGCUACACCAAGGCCGUGUACCGGGUCCGCCUGCCCGGCGGCGCCGCGGUGGCGCUCAAGGCGGUGGACUUCAGCGGCCACGAUCUGGGCAGCUGCGUGCGCGAGUUCGGGGCGCGAAGGGGCUGCUAUCGGCUGGCGGCCCACAAGCUUCUCAAGGAGAUGGUGCUGCUGGAGCGGCUGCGGCACCCCAACGUGCUGCAGCUCUAUGGCUACUGCUACCAAGACAGCGAAGACAUCCCCGACACCCUGACCACCAUCACGGAGCUGGGCGCCCCUGUGGAAAUGAUCCAGCUGCUGCAGACUUCCUGGGAGGAUCGAUUCCGAAUCUGCCUGAGCCUGGGCCGCCUCCUCCACCACCUGGCCCACUCCCCGCUGGGCUCGGUCACUCUGCUGGACUUCCGCCCCCGACAGUUUGUGCUGGUAGAUGGGGAGCUGAAGGUGACGGAUCUGGAUGACGCCCGCGUGGAAGAGACGCCGUGUACAGGCAGCGCCGACUGCAUGCUGGAGUUCCCAGCCAGGAACUUCACCCUGCCCUGCUCAGCGCAGGGCUGGUGCGAAGCCAUGAACGAGAAACGCAAUCUCUACAAUGCUUACAGGUUUUUCUUCACAUACCUCCUGCCACAUAGUGCCCCGCCCUCGCUACGGCCUCUGCUGGACAGCAUUGUCAAUGCCACAGCCACACUGACCUCUGCAGGAGAGCUCACCUGGGGAGUGGACGAGACCCUGGCCCAGCUGGAGAAGGUGCUGCACCUGUACCGGAGCGGGCAAUAUCUGCAGAACUCCACGGCAGGCAGCAGAGCUGAGUACCAGCGCCUCCCAGACAGUACCAUCCCGCAGGAAGACUACCGCUGCUGGCCAUCCUACCACCACGGAGGCUGCCUCCUUUCAGUAUUUAACCUGGCUGAGGCUGUGGACAUCUGUGAGAGCCACACCCAGUGCCGGGCCUUUGUGGUCACCAACCAGACCACCUGGACAGGUCGGCAACUGGUCUUUUUCAAGACAGGAUGGAGUCAUGUGGUCCCUGAUCCCAGCAAGACCACAUAUGUGAGAGCCUCUGGCUGACCCUCUGCGGGCUCAGCUGACCAUCCCCACCAGCUGGGCUUGCCUGUGACUUGCACUAGCAGCACUGCAUGUCACCUGGGCACCCUGCAGACAAGGCUGACAUCCCAGACAGACCGAGGUGACCAGGACAACGUGCAAUAAUGCCAAAUGUUAAAAUGUGAGUUUACCAGUCUAUGUCUGGGAGUGCUGGCUCCAGGGCCAGGAAUCUUGGGGGCUGAGUGCCCCUCCCACCCUCUGGGCUGCCAGCAAGGCUCAGGCUGGUCUCCCUGUUGGGGGCUCUGCCCCUCACUGGGACAAUUCUGUGGGCAGCCCCAUCACUGUGUUCGUAGUGUGAGAAUGUAGCCAGAGCCCCUGCUGCUGGUGCUGCUGCAUGUGUCAUGGCCCAGCAGGGGCCGCGCGGGGACAAUCGGUCAUGGAGUGUUCUCUCAGCCAAGCUCCCAACGGGAGGCUUAAAGGGAUGCUCUGGGAUGUGGGCGAAUCUGUACCUGAGGCGGUCGCCUCUGGGCCCCCGACAGGGGGCGCUCACCGACCGGCCCCGGGGGCCUGGGGCAGAGGAGCACACAAGGUCUGAGCCAAGUCGUGGGGUUGAGGAGCAGGUUUGAGCCAGGACCUGGGGUGGGGGUGGGGCCGGGGCCUUUCUGCCUCAUUUGCUUUCAGUGAAAGCCGCAAAGCAGCCAAAACCAGCCUCUCCCCCCUCCUGGAGUUUGUAUAUCCAGAAGCUUUUGUACUUCUUGUUCAUUAAAAUGUUUAUUUUUGUAAAAAAAAGAAAGAAAGAAAAAAAUCAAUGAAUAAAAUGACAUUUCACGGCAAGGAUUCUUCCCAAGCCACAGUUU